GCUCACAAAUAUCAGCAGGUCUUUCGAUCACAGGAGAUAUGUUCUCAAGUUCACCGGUGCAAGAAAUCUAAAUUACACGAGGCUUACAACAGACAAAGAGAGCGAAAUGAAAAGUACGAUCCGCGAGAAACUUCAAGACGAAGAUCUUCUAGUUCCUGAAAUUAGAUCAAGUACAGAAAUCAUCUCCCGAUCCCAAGGAACGAAGCGGAUCAACAAAUGUUUCUAAAUGUCACGUUAAGGGUCUUUUGACUCUCCCGCACACACGGAGCGGUGUAUGAAUUUAAACACGCGCAAUUGCCACACAACUCCGCUUCACAACUAACUCUCCUUUUCACAGGGACCCACUACGAGUUCGUAGUAUUUUCAGUACCUUUCUUCGCGUAGUAGACACAGAAACAGACAAAAGAUGGCCGUCCGUGGCAACAACGUGAUCCCGAACAACCACUUCCGAAAGUGGUGGCAAAAGUACGUCCGCACCUGGUUCAACCAGGCCGGCCGCAAGAAGUCCCGUCGUACCGCCCGUGAGGCCAAGAAGGCCGCCAUCGCCCCGCGUCCGUUGGGUCUGUUGCGCCCGGCCGUGCACCCGCCGACCGUCCGCUACAACUUCAAGCUGCGGGCCGGACGUGGCUUCACGUUGGAGGAGCUGAAGAAGGCUGGUAUUUGUGAUGCUAAUUGUAAUUUAGUUUUAGAAGAAGUUCCGUUUGUGAUGCUAGGUCGGCAUGGCAGAUGAUGCCACGUGUAGUGGUCGAGCUUUAGAGCGAUGAGUUUGAUCUACUGGUACGGUAUACUAAAGAGACCACUUCUUUUGCUUUUGACCCCACGGAGGUUCACAAUCUCUUCUUUCAAAAAUCUCGAAAAUCCCGCCAUCUACAGGUAUCCCGCGCAAGCAGGCCCAGACCAUCGGUGUUGCCGUGGACCACCGCCGUAAGAACAAGUCCCAGGAAUCCCUGGACCUGAACGCCGACCGCCUGAAGGAGUACAUGUCCAAGUUGAUGAUCAUGCCCCGCAAGGCCAAGGCCCCGAAGAAGGGCGACACCCCCAAGGCUGAGUUGGAGGUAAAAACAUCUUUUGAUGUAAUUUUCUUAUUCUUCGGCUGCGAAAACAGGAGAUCGUGCUUAGCGUUAGCCCUGCAGAGAGGGCCAAGCAUGACUUAUUUGAGUGCGGAUGAUAGAUUUAGAUUGUUCGUUCGUAAUUUAGAUUAUUCACACAGCGAGAUGAUCGAGAGAGCGCCCUGAACAAGAUUUGAAUUUCAUCUUUCCAAACAUCCUUCCUAUUACAGGGCGCCAAGCUCGCCGCCACCUGCAAGUCCGUCUUGCCGAUCGCCAAGCCGUCCCUGCGCGUCAAGGCCCGCAAGAUCACCGACGAGGAGAAGGCUUCUUCCGCCUACAAGGUCCUCCGCAAGGCCCGCGUCGACAAGAAGAUGUUCGGCCGCAGGUUGAAGCGCGCUGCCGACAAGGCCGCCAAGCAGAAGGAGGGAAAGUAAGUGGGUUGUUCCGGAUGGGGAAGUGAAGCUCAAACUUUCGCUUUCUUGCUGGGCCAAAACUACAGUUUUUAAUUCAGGAAGCCUGUGUCGCUGAAAUGAAUCGUACCUUACCUAUGAGAAUUUUCACAGCUUUCCGGAGGAGAACACAACAGGGAUCGUGUCAUGAUCAAUGUCUAUCUGAACAAACGCGGAUGAAACUGAAACUACGAUGACAACUCG